AUGUCGGCCGUAAAGCUAGACUCCAAUGUCUGGUUCGCCAUUUCAGAAGGGCGCGUCGCGAAUGUCUCAACACCGCUUAUCAACAACCUCCAAGAUACCAGCGAUGGCCUCAGGGUCUUCGGCAAGACAGACGCGGUGUGGCAAUUUCAACCAGUGCCCAAUCACGAAGGUCGGUAUCUCAUGAGACUGAGCUCGGCCGGUGUUGGCAAACAGCUUUCUGUGUGCUGGAGCUCGGCGGAGGUUCACCCCAGUGGCACAAGAGGAUGCUUGAGGAGAACAGAGUCGGAUGAGACUCAGCAGUGGGAUGUUACUGAAUGGUCGAGCGAACCGGGUACCUACAAGUUCACCAAUGUUGCGAAUGGCACGGGUUAUGUGCUCGAUGUCCACCCCGGAUCAAAUCUCUUCAUGUCGAGUGAGAUUGAAGGUUCUGCCGGUAUUUCGGCUCGCCAGCCGGCUCAGCAUUGGAUCAUGACGAGCUCAAAAGCUGUGGACGAUGGUGCAUACUCUACCAUCUACUCCGCAGGCACCACACCUGUUAGCACAGCCACGGCAACUGGAACAGGAUCGGGCGCCACCACUCCUACAGCUACCAGCGGGUCUGCCACUGCGAGCUCUGGCGCGGGAGCGGGAUCAUCCUCGGGAGGUCUAUCAUCAGGUGCCGCUGCCGGCAUCGGCGUGGGUGUCUCUCUCGGAGCCAUUGCGCUCCUCGGUGCCGGAUUCUUCUUCUGGUGGCGUCGGAGAAAGGCCAAGAAGGAGGUAGUCGACGAGCCGAGCGAACAACAUUACGAGCUUGGCCACGAUGGCAGCACAGUCGGUGGAAAGCAUAGCCCGGGUACCAUCAACGCCUCGACCCUUUCUUCGCCGUCGCCGGCCAAGGAUUACUACGGCGGACAGGAGGCCAAGGUUCUCGGACACACGCAGCCACAUUCCUAUGCCGCCGAAGCCAACACAAGUCCAAUCUACGAAGCCCCGACUGAGGUCCGGUAUGAGUUGGACUCGGGGCAUCACGCAGCGCCUAAUGGUCCUGCUCAACUACCCGACGACCAGGGAAGACGAUGA